AUGGAAAAGAUUGAAUUAGAUUUACAAACAAUUAAAAACUUUCUUGUUCCUUUUAAGCAUAAAAUAUCUGCUCAGAAUAUUUAUGAAACUCAAGAUUUUUUAAAACAAAGAGGUUAUACUAUUAAAACUAUAGAGAGAGCUUCAGAUUCUGGUGCUUUAAUGAUUGCUUACGACUUCAGAAGAGAAUAAGAUGUAUUUAUAAAGUUUAUCAAGCAUUACGACAAAGAUGAUUUCAAUGAAGCGAUGCUCUAUGAUGUGCAAACAAUUACAAUAAAAUCUUAAUAUUUACUCUAAAAUAGAGAUUUAAUUUGUGAUUUAAAAAAUAAUUGUUACUUUUUAAUUAUUGAAUAUUCACCUUUGAAAAAUUUAAGCUAAUUUAUAAAAGAAAAUACUCUUACCUUUCAAUAAACACUACAAAUUGUUGUAAAUUUGCUAUUUGGUUUGAAUGAUAUUCACAAUUCUAGCUAAGUUUUAAUGUAACUAAAUCCUUCUAACAUAUUAGUUUCUCAAGAUCUAAGUAUUAAAAUUCUUAAUUUAGGCUCUCCUUUUAAUACCUUGUAAAUGAUACAAAAAAAUAAUCCUUUUUUACCUAAAGAGUAAAACUUUCUAACACUUGUUACUUCUUAGAGCAAUUAUUAUUCUCUUGGAGCUAUCAUUUGUCUUCUCUGUAAAUUAGAUGUCCAGGAAAAUUUCAUUUUGAGUAAAAAUUGCAAAAAAGGAUUUUUCCCUGUGCUAACUUAUGAAAAUGAAUAUAAACAAGUACUAGAAGUAGCAUUUUAAAUGAUGAAUUUUAAUCCUAUGUUUAGAAUAAAUUUUGUUCAAGCACUUCAAAAAUUGUAGAAUUUAUUUUCUCCAUAAUUAAACUAAAAAGUUUUGAAAUAUUUAGAGUUAAAUUAAGUAAUUAAUUACAAACAAAAGCUUAAUUAAAGGACUGAUCUUGAGAUUUAGAGUAAUGGAUGUAUUUACAUAGGUGAUUUUGAUGGUAAUAGAAGACAUGGAUAAGGAAUAUUUAUAAAUUUAUUAGGAGAAAGAUAUGAGGGUGGAUUUUCUAAUGAUAAAUUUCAUGGAUAAGGAAGCUACUAUGAUAAAGAUGGAAAUGUUUAUAUAGGAGAGUGGUUUGAAGGAUAGAUGUAAGGAAAAGGAAUCCUAUACUAUAAUAAUACUGAUUUAUACGAUGGAAAUUUCUUUGCUGGAAAACGAAAUGGCUUUGGUACCUUAUAUUUUAACAAAGAAGAGAAAUAUGAAGGUGAAUGGGUCUAAGACUAGAAAGAAGGAUAUGGAAAAUUAAAAUUACUUAACAAUUAAAAAUAUGAAGGACAAUUUAAGCAAGGUACCUUUAAUGGUAAAGGUAAGUUUAUAUACCAAGAUGGAAGCUCUUAUGAAGGAGAAUGGCUUAAUAAUUAAAGACAUGGAUAUGGUGAGUAUAAAUUUUAAAACGGAGAUAGAUACCUCGGUAAUUAUUGGUAUGAUAAAAAACAAGGUAAUGGAACUUAUUACUAUCAUACUGGAAGCUCAUACAAAGGUGAAUGGAAGAAUGAUUUAAAAACUGGUCAUGGUUUAUACACAGCAUCUAAUAAUGAAACAUACGAAGGAAGUUUUAAAAAUGGCAAGAGACAUGGAUAUGGAAUAUACAAAUACAAUAAUGGUCUAACAUACCAAGGAGAAUGGGAAAAUGAUUAAAAGAAUGGACUAGGAAUACUUCUUGAAAAUAAUGAUAUCGUUUUCCAAGGAAAGUGGAUGAAUGGACAAAAGCAAUAAUAUUUAAACAAAGAAGAAAGUUGA